UUUUCUUCCGCACCCCUCCCGCUGUCCACAUCUACAGCUUCCUUUUUUUCCCUUUUCUGUUGCACCAGAAAAACAACAGACGUCAAGCUCUGUUUUUCCGUCGUCUCUGUCAAUAUUACCUUGUAGCUUUUUAAUAAGUCUUUGGGUAAUUUUUCAACAGACGUUUCCUCGUCCAAUUCGCCCCUUUUUCUUCUUUAUACCCCUCUCUAGGCUGUACGCUUCUUAGCAACAGCCUCCUUCGGUCCAAGACGUCUUCUCCCAGGCAUCUUGUUCUUCUCUUCUCUUCUUCCAACCUCGCUUUAACCUCUUGCGCAGCCCGGCCUGCCGCAUUUGCUAUCGCAGCAUCCUCCCGCUCUACUACCACCUACAAACCCCUCCAGCAAACCCGCGGCUACGCGAAAUCAAGACAGAAAAUGCCUCCCAAGAAGCCCGUCGUCGAGGAGAAGAUCCCUCUGGGUCGUCCCGGCAACAACUUGAAGAGUGGUAUCGUCGGUCUCGCCAACGUCGGCAAGUCCACGCUCUUCCAGGCAAUUACCAAGUGUGAUCUUGGCAACCCUGCUAACUUCCCCUACGCUACCAUCGACCCUGAAGAGGCUCGCGUUAUCGUCCCUGAUGAGCGCUACGACUGGCUCUGCGAAAAGUACAAGCCCAAGUCCCGCGUUCCCGCCAACUUGACCGUCUACGAUAUCGCCGGUCUUACCCGUGGCUCUUCUACCGGUGCUGGUCUCGGUAACUCUUUCCUGUCUCACAUCCGUGCCGUCGAUGCCAUCUUCCAGGUCGUCCGCUGCUUCGACGAUGCCGAGAUUAUCCACAUUGAGGGUGAUGUCAACCCUACCCGUGAUCUUGACAUCAUCAGCGAGGAGCUUCGUCUGAAGGAUAUCGAGUUUGUCGAGAAGGCUCUCGAGAACCAGAAGAAGAAGACCCGCAUGGGUGGCCAGAGCUUGGAGCUCAAGAAGGCCCGCGCCGAGCAGGAGAUCAUUGAGAAGAUUCUUGCCUGGCUCCAGGACGGCAAGGAUGUCCGCAAGGGUGACUGGCAGCCCAAGGAGGUCGAGGUCAUCAACCCUCUCUUCCUCCUGUCCGCCAAGCCCGUCGUCUUCCUCGUCAACUUGUCUGAGAAGGACUACAUCCGCAAGAAGAACAAGCAUCUUCCCAAGAUUGUUGAGUGGGUCAACGAGAACGCCAAGGGCGACCCCAUCAUCCCCAUCUCCGUCUCCUUCGAGGAGCGUCUCACCCGCUUCGAGACCGAAGAGGCCGCCAAGGAGGAGUGCAAGGCCGUCGGUGCCGAAUCUAUCCUGCCCAAGGUCAUUCUCCAGAUGCGCAAGACCCUCCAGCUUGGCAGCUUCUUCACAUCCGGUCCCGAUGAGGUCCGUCAAUGGACCAUCCGUAACGGUACCAAGGCUCCUCAGGCCGCCGGUGUCAUCCACACCGACUUUGAGAAGACCUUUAUCCAGGCCAUUGUCUACAACUUUAGCGCCAUCAAGGAGCUCGGCGACGAAGCCGAGGUCAAGGCCCAGGGCAAGAUGAUGACCAAGGGCAAGGACUACGUUGUCGAGGAUGGUGAUAUUCUCGUCAUCAAGGCCGGUGCCGCCAAGAACUAAAGCGGGCACUUUCCUACAUAAUGAAAGCAAAAACAAGUAAAAUACGGAACAUAUGAAUGGAAUCAAAUCACAACUAAAAGUCCCGGCAGUGUUGGGGAACGAUUAUUUUUUAACGAUGGGAAUGGAAACAGAAACUGUCAAUGGGACACGGCGCAUAGAACCCCGAGGGGCAUGACUGGCUGCGGCCAUAACGUAGUAUAUAGCAAUACAUUACACUUUAAUCAACCUCUCUCUAGCAAACAUUUGUGUCAUCUUGCUAUGGACAGCGUGUAGAUUGUCUAAAGAAGCCUAUAUCCAUAAUUCCUCAGUAUACACUACUACCUAACCUUAGCUAACCUCCCAGUAAGGGGCAGACAAAAGACAUUGUAAGAUAAAGUGUUGGGUAUUAUUUAAUAUUUUCUUUCUUUCUUGCAAUAAAGCACCGUCUAUAACAGUAUAAAACAAAACAAAAUAGAGAAUCGUUUCAUCAUGACCAUGAAAUCAUCCACCAUCGAUACAUGAGAUUAGAGAAUAAAAAACACCUGAGACUACCAGAGUCUCCUCAACAACUUGUUCUGUUUCAAGGGUUGCUGUACUUUACACCUCGCUUGCCAACCUCCUUCUUGCCAAUAGGAUCCUCGGGCCAGAUCCAGCCGCGGCUUCUCUUGGCCUCUCUCUUCUCAGCAAGCUGUGGCUGUGGGAUCCAAGACUCGCGGGCUCUGGCCUUGCGGCGAGUUCCCUCAGCAGGGGCGCCAAUCUCGGCCAUGUAGGGAGCAUGACCAACAUUGACAGCAGAGUCGCUGGCAAUCUGGCAGAGACCCCAGAGAGCAAGGCAAGCAGUGAGGGUGGCAUUGUCGACAGUGGGGUCAACAGAAGCGACACCGAGCUGGACAGAGGCAAUGUCAAGCUCACCAAAGAAGGGAGUGUUCUCGGUGCCGUUGCGGACAACAACGAGCUCGACCUCAGUCAGGAUGAAGCCGUAGCGGCAGUUGUGCUCGCGCAUGGCGUGGUGAAUAGCAGCCAGGCCACGGAGGUACUCGACACGCUUAAUGUUGCCCUCGGCACGCAUGCCAGUGUUGAAGCGGUCAAAAGAGCGAACAAUGCCGACAACACGAGCAGAAGGCUUACCGCCAAACAUGGCAGCAGCAGUAGCAGGGUCAUGAGCAGCGCUGGCAACAAAGACGUGAUCGUUGACAGAGGCGGGCAGACGAGCAGGGACAUGGAGCUGAAUAGGGCGGGAGGAGGAGAGAGCCAAAGCAGCAUUGAGCUUGGGGAGGUAGGAAGAAGCGUAAAUGCCAUGGAGAGCGGCCUCGGUUUCAGGAUGGCGAGAGAUGACGGGAGUAGUAGGGAGGAGAGGGGCAGGGACGGGCGUAGACAAGAGAUCAGAAGCGCCAGGAAGAGCCAUGAUGUUGGCGAGGGAGAACUCGGCCCAGGGGCGGACAGCACGAAUGUCCCACCAGAAGUGCUUGAUGGUAGGAUCACGCAUGGGGAACGAGAUGCUUCGGACAAGAGAAGCAGCAGGGUUCGCGGCGCUCAGGUACGAGAGGAGGGUAGUAGAGGGGGUAGGGUCGGGAGUAGACUCGACGCUGAAGGGCGAGUCGUCACGGAGGCUGUACGAGUACAUGUCUUGGGACACAUCAAGGGACAUUUGGCGGUAGUCGACAGGCUCGACGGGGAGCAUAGACUCAGCGGGAAGCGAAGACACCGACGAGGCGCGGCGGGAAAAGUCAAAGGGAAGAGGCUGGUAGAGGUGCUGGAAGUUGAUGUUGGCAUUGAGCAGCUGGUGGUCGACAUCGGCCGGAGGAGGCGUCAUGUAGACCGACGACGAGGCCAUGUUCAUGGCCAUCUGCUGCAGAGCAUCCGGGUUCGUCUUGGAGCGGACAUGGGCAGCGGGUCUCUUCUUGGUGAUGCCAGCAGGGGAGCGGCGCUUCUUUGUAGGCAUGGGAGCAACAGCGACGGCCUCGCCGAGGUUCUGGUCCUGGGGCCGGAUGCGAGGCAGCAAGAGGGCGCCAUGC